CGUUGGAAACUCCUAGGAUGACGACCCAUUGUUUAAUAUGUACAUAUCGCGGUGUGCUUUCAUGACGUGUCAUAACGGUUGCUAAUCCAAAUAGGCCAAGAGCACCUAUAAAGAGAAUCGAUUCCAAAUCUCCCUCUUAAAUUAUUAUUUAUCGUGAAAAUUCGGACAUUAACAGCGUUCCCACUCACGACUCCCAACGCUCUCCACCCACACGCGCCGGUCUCCAAAUUAGGCGGGAAGACGGAAGAGCUCGAACCCUAGAAUUCAAUUUCAUCCUCAAUUUCCACUGCAAUCCUCUUCUCUCUCCGGAAAUGGGCAUCAAGGGGCUGACGAAGCUACUGGCGGACAAUGCCCCGAAGGCGAUGAGGGAGCAAAAGCUGGAGAGCUACUCCGGCCAGAGGAUCGCCAUCGAUGCCAGCAUGAGCAUCUAUCAGUUCCUCAUUGUGGUUGGGAGGAAGGGGACUCAGAUGCUCACCAAUGAGGCUGGUCAAGUCACCAGUCAUCUGCAAGGCAUGCUUUACCGGACGAUUAGGCUGUUGGAAGCGGGGAUACAGCCAGUCUACGUGUUUGAUGGUCAACCUCCUGAUUUGAAGAAGCAAGAGCUUGCAAAACGUUUUUUGAAGAGGGCAGAUGCCUCUGAGGAUUUGGCAUUAGCCAUUGCGUCUCAGAACAAGCAAGACAUAGAGAAAUUCAGUAAAAGAACUGUGAAGGUGACACAACAGCACAAUGAAGAUUGCAAAAGACUACUAAGACUUAUGGGUGUCCCACUAGUUGAGGCUCCUUCAGAAGCAGAAGCACAAUGUGCUGCACUUUGCAAAGCUGGAAAGGUUUAUGCAGUUGCUUCUGAAGAUAUGGAUUCCCUUACUUUUGGAGCUCCUAGAUUUCUUCGCCAUUUUAUGGAUCCCAGCUCAAGAAAAGUUCCAGUCAUGGAAUUUGAAAUUUCCAGGAUCUUGGAGGAGAUGAAUCUGGAUAUGGAUCAAUUCAUUGACCUUUGCAUUCUCUCUGGAUGUGACUAUUGUGAAAGCAUUCGAGGUAUUGGAGGGCUGACUGCUCUUCAGCUCAUCCGUCAACAUGGUUCCAUAGAAAACAUACUAGAGAACAUAAACAAGCAAAGGUAUCAGAUACCCGAUAAUUGGCCCUAUGGCGAAGCUCGACUGCUUUUUAAGGAACCAAUAGUUUCUACGGAAGAACAACCUGAGAUAAAAUGGACUGCUCCAAAUGAUGAAGGCUUAAUGUCCUUUCUAGUGAAUGAGAAUGGGUUCAACAUUGACAGAGUGACAAAGACGAUAGAGAAGAUUAAGGCAGCUAAGGAUGAGUCAUCACAAGGCCGAUUAGAAUCCUUGUUUAAGCCAGCUAAGAAUCUAUCUAUACCUGCUAAGAGGAAGGUAUGUCAUCUUGAUAUAUUUGAGUACUGAGCACCUAGAAUUUACCUUCUUUUAAUGUAUGUGAAGGUGUAAUGUCACACAUUGCUCUAGCAAAGAGAUGUCUUCAGAUGCAACUUUUGAUGGAUGAAUAGUACUCCCUUUAACUCACUUCAUAAGCCAUUGAUUGCCCUAGCGAUGCACAAAUUUUUAGAUCUUUGUGAUCAUUUUAAAACUGUUUGUGGUAGUGUUGUAAAUCAACGGUAGUGUGUUGCCAUGCCCCUGCUGCUUAUGCCCGAUUAGUCUCAUAUAACUUUACAGAUGUGCUAAUGGUGUUGCAUCAUCCUAUUCAUGAAAUCAAUUAGAUAAACAAAAGCACCAGCGUGCUUAUACGGAUCUGUUAAGAAUUUCGGCCUGAUUAACAGCCAUAAUUGCAAUGGAUGACAGGAAAGCAAAUGCACACUUCAAUCCCCCAAUCUGGCGUUCAAGCCUAAGACAUGCUCUACACAAGUCUCUGUAAAUCUCCAGCACAGGUUCCUUGGCAACUUUAAAAUGCCAACCAUGGUCUUGGGUUUGAGGAACU